AUGCUGUUGGGUGCCUGUAAUUGUUCAAUAACACCGGAACGGAUACGAAAAAAUAACUGUAGUUGCUGUACCGAUUGUAUUAAAUGUUUGGAUAAACAGUAUACCCAGUGUUGUAGUUGUGUUGGUUUAUGUAAUACGGAUAAAGAACCACCACGAAUGAACAGCUAUGUGGAUAACCUCGAUCAGGACGAAGAGGCGUUAAUUGUUUUUGAUAAAGUGGCUCUUGUCAAUAAAGUUGGAACAACAUAUUCAUUUCCAGUUUUUAAAGAAUUUCGAGGAGAUAUGAAACGAAUGAGAGAAACACAAAGGGUACGUAAUGUUCGACCGGAUAUGAGUUGUACAGUCGUUUACCUGGAUAAAUGCUUGUCGCACGAUCAGUGUAGCCGUCAAUGUCUUGUAUCAUACUUGGUGCAACGAUGUUACGAUGGUUUCAUACUGGCUGCUGUGAAUGUAUCGGUCAUACGUGUCUACCCUACGGCUCUAACACUCCAAGAUGCCGAUAUUGCAAAGAUUUUAAUGAAGUUUCACGGCCACAUCAUGAAC